GAUCAGUCGAGAAUUGAAUGCGGAACGCGGAACGUGUAAACACGGUGUUUGAUGAGAAAGAACUGUACGGAGCAAAUCAAUCGCAUACGUUUUAUUAAGGCGCUUUAAUAAAUUCUGUUUUCUGUCAAAGAAAACUUGAACGUAAAAAGAAGGCAAUAACAAUAAUAAAAUACAAAAUAAAUAAGCAAAAUCAACAACAACAUCAUCAUCAUCGUCAUACUAUAAAAAUAACGUUUGAAAAAAUAAAAAAGCAUUUAAUUUUCGAAAAAAAUAAAAGAUCUUGAAAACGUAAAAUUUUCAGAAAUUACUCGAAAAUAAACAACAAAAAAAGAUAAACGACAUAACGGUCUCGAAGUGCUUUAAAUAACAGUGAUACUUAAGGCCGAAGUAAAAACAGUUGUCUGAACUGUUUGUUUUUUUCUUCAACAAAAAAAUUUAAAUAAACAAGUUAAUUAAAUUUCUCACACACUCACACAGAAAAUGGCAAAUCCACCAUUGAAUUCCUGCUGUUUCUGCACCUCAACACGCAAUGGCUCCAUCAUAUCGGGACUCCUCGCCAUUGUCCUGUCCAUCAUCACUAUUGUCGUCAUAUUCACCACACGGGUAGCAUUUAAGACAAUAUUUUUCGAUUUGGACACGGACAUUGUGAAAAUAAUUUUGGUCAUUAAUUUGUGCAUGACCAUCCUGAUAUCGACGCUGAUGAUUGUCGGUGUGAUGAAGCGUAAUCAUUACCUUAUGAUGCCAUGGGUUGUGCUUGGUAUCAUGAUUGCAAUUGGCCUCCUGGUUUCUGUCAUUUAUACCGCUGUCGUGUUCUUCAUUGAUGGCUAUGUCUUAUCUGGAGUAUUGUGGCUGGUAUUUGGAUUGAUUUCAUGUGCCAUCUUGACCUAUUGCUGGUGUGUGGUCUACAGUGAAUACACAAUUCUGGCACAGGAAAACGAAAGAGGACGCUACAACAAACAGCCCUAUAGACGUUAAUCUCCGAUUGCGAAUUUCUUUUAUUCUACACCAAUAGAGUUAAAUUAUUAACAAAUUUUUUAAUUAAUAUUUAUUUAAUUUUUUAUGAUUAUUUUAAUUUUUUUUUAAAUAAACAAAACAUUUAAUUUUAAGCAAUAUUUGUAACCAUUAAAUAAAAACGAAUGAAGUAACUGAAUAAUAGUGGAGAGUUGAUGAAAACACAUCGAAUCGAAAUUUGCGUCCAAAAUUCUACGUCUAUAACUUUUUUUACCGCUGGCUUCUACGUUUAAGAACCAAGGAAUUUUAGUUUGUCUUAGUUCAAUAUCGACCCAUAAUUUAUACUAGUUCACCCUACGCUUCUUUGUUUUUUAUGGAAAAGUUAUUGUUUUUUUAAGACCAAUCCAGUAAAAAUCGUAUAUAUAUGUGCACCUUAAAUUUGCCAAGUACUAGCCAUAAAAAUAAUCCUUAUUAAAAACAAACAAAUUUCCAAUUUCUACAUUGUCUCGAAAACAAAUAAAACCUUAAUAUUAUUUUGUAUAAUUCUAUAUUUCCUUAUUUUUCUUACAAUACUUUUCACUUUCUUUGUCUACGUGUGUGUUUGUGUGUUCUCUCAUCACAAAAUCUUAUUUGUAAUAAUAAAUGUUUUUAAUAAAAACGAAAAUAUUGUAUACAAAAUUACACACAACUUCUGUUCUGUAAACCACUAUCAUUUAAAUCUCUUCUUGUGAAAUGCAUUAAAUAAAUUUAUAGCAAAGAUAAUCUGCAAAAAAAACUAUAAAAUACAAA